CACGCCCCGAAUGCACUAUAUAUGGGCUGCACUCCGUCUCUUUGCCACCGUACAGUGUGCUAUCAAAACUGUUCCGGCUGACGGAUCCAAUGUUGGGAGGAAUUGCUCGCGGUCGUCUCGCCGAGGAGCGCAAAGCAUGGCGCAAAAAUCAUCCUCAUGGUUUUGUGGCUAAGCCUGAGACACUUCCUGACGGAUCAGUAAACUUGAUGGUUUGGCACUGCACCAUUCCAGGAAAGCCCGGUACUGACUGGGAUGGUGGUUAUUAUCCACUUACAAUGAACUUCAGUGAGGACUACCCGAGCAAACCGCCGAAGUGUAAAUUUCCACAGGGUUUCUUCCACCCUAAUGUCUAUCCUUCUGGGACAGUUUGCCUCUCAAUCCUUAAUGAAGACUCUGGGUGGAGACCAGCCAUUACAGUCAAGCAGAUUCUCGUUGGUAUCCAGGACUUGCUAGGUCUGCCAAAUCCUGCUGAUCCAGCUCAGACCGAAGGCUAUCAUCUCUUUAUUCAGGACCCUGAGGAGUACAAAAGGAGGGUACAUGAGCAGGCCAAGCAAUACCCAGCUAUUCUGUAGACAUAUUCGGGUUUAACUGCUUCCUCUUGGACCCUUUAGUUGUGCAUAAUUGCGGUGAUGGCCUUCACUAUUUUCUGGACCUCUUGGACUAUAGCUGCUUUAACCUGUAGAAAUUCUGUAUAAUUUGCUCAUGUUUUACAGACUUGCUUUGAUGGGUGAUUGAUAGAAAUUCAUCAGUUACUCCACUGUUUCCUCGUAACUUUAUUGUUUUAUGGAAAUGUAUACUCCGUACUUUAUAAACAUAGAACCAGACUUUGUCCGGUUAGACCCCUCCUUACUCACGUGAUCGGGAAACAGUCCGGUAAAGGAUCACAACUUGGUUUGGUCCAGGUUCCAAAAAAUGUAGGCUCA